GCGCGGAUUGAACAUGGUUGGGCUGAUGGUGUGCCUACUUGCCAGUCUGGUUAUGUCAAUCAAUUUCCACGGUCAAAACAGAAGAAAUGCAUACAGAAAGGAAGCUGACAUUGAGUGCUAUACCAAUCCAGACGGUUCUGAUUAUCGAGGAAAGAAGUCUAUGUGUAAUUUUCUCGGCAUGCAAUGCGAGAAAUGGUCAGAUCAACGAGGAUUCACAGUCCGCGAUUAUCCCAAUGCUGGUCUGGAAGGUGCCUACUGUCGUAACCCAGAUCUAUCUGAGUCAACCGCUUGGUGCAUUAUCAAAGAUCACAAUAGUGGUGUUACUGUGAAAGCGAAAUGUGAUAUUGGAAGACCAAGCAUACAAUGUGGUAAGCUCACAUGUAUCCAAAAUAUAAUUAUUGAUACAAGUAUAUAUAAAAACAUUUCCAGUGUGAUAUUCGAUGCUAGUUAUGUUUCAUAA